UUGUAAGCCAAAUUUGUCCGUCACACUUUAUGUUACGUUAACAACUUUGUUUGAAUUAUAAAUGAUAAAAGCUAGGAAUUUUAAGGAAACAUACACAUAUAGAUAUGGACUACACACCAGUAUUAAUUAAUACAUAUGCUUUGGGCAUAGUACUAACGGCUAUAUACGUAUACAAAAAUGAAAGAAAAAUGGUGGACAUUUCGACGAGGCAUGAUGUGACAGGAGUGACAUACAUUAGAUGGGGUAAGAAGCUAUGCGAUGGACCCAACGCAGAAACAAUAUAUUCAGGUCAAAUAGGUGGAGGUCACUACGCACAUACAGGGGCAAGCGUGAACUAUGUAUGCUUACCUAACGACCCGGAUGUUGCACAGCCGCUGAAACCUCAAUGUGAUUACGAUUUGAUAUAUGGAGCAGAAUACCAAAUUGGUGCCUAUAACCAGCCGCAAGGAAUUAGAUCUGGGAUAGAAAAUCGAGACGCUGCAUGUGCAGUAUGUUUAGCAAAAGGCAAAAUGGCAUCAAUAAUGAUACCAGGAAGAGAUACCUGUUACAAAGGAUGGACAAAAGAAUACAAUGGAAUUUUAAUGGCAGGAAAGUAUGACCACUCCGCUUCAUCAGAAUACGCAUGCGUAGAUAACGAUGCUGAAGCUAUAAGUGAUGAUUCAAAGGAUGACAAUGGAAUUUUAUUUUAUCCUGUAAAAACAGUCUGCGGAUCAUUGAAAUGUCCGCCAUAUAAACAAGACACAGCAGUUUUGUGUGUUGUUUGUUCAAAAUAGCAAUUUGAAAAUUGGUCUUAUGUUGUGAGCUGGUAUGUUAGCUGCAUUCAAAUCAAAUAAGGAAAUAUUUCGAUUUUGUAAAUUACACUUGUAUUCAACUGAAAUUAGCUUCAGCUACUGCGAAUAUUCUAUAUCGGUUAUGCUUGUCUAUUAUUUUAUAUGCAGCUUCCGAAGUUAUUACAAUUCUUACACCACAGACUAUAAAAAUGGGAGUGGCGGGCGGGAGGUUUUGAGCCCUCAAAGAAAUAUCUAUCAGCGACUUUAUACUUGUAUUGAAAGGGUUUCUUACAAUCUACAUUUCAGUUUAUCAAUUAUUAUAUAUUUCAUCCUGGAUGAGUUAUUUUUUCGAUGUUCACUUGUUCCGUCAAGUGCACAUCACUUAUAUACCACUAAAGUUAAGAUUUUUCCAUAUAGAAAAAAGGGUAAGUGAGUGUAUAAUAUAUUCAUCAACUUCCUUCUUUGACUAAUCUGAUUUGUUUCCAGUUCAUUUAUAUUUGGUUAAACUAAUAUUGUUUGUCUGAGAUAAAUGUCUAUUAGUCUUUUUUUAUGCUUGCUCAAGAGGGCUGUCCGUUUAGACGGUUUAUGAUGUACUAAUAUCUAUUCAAUGCUUAUGUUAAAGGUCUAAGUAGUAACAUCGCUAACAAAUUAAGUAUAUGUCCUUGUAAAAAUCAUACAGAGGGUGAUUCAUGACAUGUCACGGUAGUAUUUUGUUUAACCUAUUUCAUAAGAAUUAUGGUUGAUAAUUAAAAUUG